AUGGUCGGACUCUUCAAGACCGGUCUGGGUGGCUAUACCCACAUCUUCAUGGCAGUUGACAAAUUCACCAAGUGGAUUGAGGUCAAGGCUAUCAUCAGCAUCAAGUUGGCUAAAGCCACUCAGUUCAUGGAGGAAGUCACACGCCACUUUGAAGUGCCAAACAAAAUCAUCACCGACCUUGGCAAGCAGUUCACAGGCUCCGAGUUCUGGGACUUCUCCCAGGACAACCUCAUCAAUGUGUACUACUCCUUAGUAGCGCACCCGUGCUGCAACAGUCAGGUCGAACAUGCAAAUGGGAUGGUCCUCCAGUCCCUCAAGUUUCGCAUCUUCGACGACACGUCCAAGUACGCCACCAAGUGGCCACGUGAGCUACCCUAUGUCAUCUGGGGCCUACGGACUUAG